AUGAGAAACACUACUCAACGAUCAAUUUCGUCUAAUAGACCUGUUGUGACAAUAACAUCUACCGUAUAUGACAGAAGGGCAUUGGACAUAAAUUCUGAUAUCCCAUUGAUUAACUCACUUAACCAUUUAACUUAUUUGACUUCUAAUUCUGCUAAAGUUAGGGAAACAGUGGCAAAUGAUGGGGCAUUAGAUAGACUAGUAUCUAUUUUACGUGAUUGUCAUCUAAGUUUGAUGGAUUGUUUACAAUUUGGAAUCAAAGAUAAUGAUUUACAUUUAGAUGUCACAUUACCUAAUGCAGAAAGAAUAAGACAACAGAAAAAAUUAGCGUUAUGUUCAUGGAAAUGGACUCUUGCAUUUCAAUGUUUAGUGUUGACAGGCACAAGAGGUACCGAAGCAACUAGAAGAAAAGUUGUAUCAUCAGGGAUAAUAUCUGUAUUAGCUACAGUUCUAGAUAAUUAUCUUUUGUAUUAUGCUAAUUAUGAUCAUUUAAAGGGUGAAUAUUUGAAAUUUGAUUUGAAAAGUUUAAACUCUACAAAUAUGUAUUUACUUUUGUCACAAAACCACGAUGAAACUUUUGAAGACUAUAUCAAAGAACUAGUUGGGAAAGAUAUCCUUGACAUAUCUUCUGAUAACAAUUUCAUAAUAGAUUCAUUGAUUCAACCUAUAGGUACCAAACCAAUUGAUUUUGGUAAUGUCUGGAGUAAAUAUAAAUUAUCCAAAAAUAUAUUAAAUGGGCAAAUGGAGAUGGAUAAUAUGGAUAUAGUUGAUUUGAAUCAAGCACACUGUAAUACUAAAAAUAAUAGAACUGAAAAUUUGACAACUAGAACAUGUGUUUCAGAGGGGUCUUCUAAUGAGGUGAGUGGUAAUUGCCAUUUUAUUCAGGAUGAUGAAAUUGAAGAUGAAAAUUGCUUUUUGGAGGAUAUUGAGCAGAGGCCAUCAAUAUUAUCCCCUAGAAGCAUGUUUUUAGGUAGGAUUAUACCGAAACAAGAUGAUUUGAUUUGGUCUUUACAAUUAUUGGCAUUUAUAUCGAAAUAUACAUAUUUAAAACCUCAACUACAAAGUGUUGAAUUGGUUAAAUCUUUAUCUUUUAGAUCAAUUAUAGAAAGAGUAGAAAAAAGGUUUUCUCAAAUUGAAAACAAUGUUGAAAUGAAUAAUGAAAACAUCAAUAAUUUCAUGACUUACCAGAAUUUAGUGUUACCUCAAAAUAUUAUGAUUCCGUCAAAUAGUGGUGAUAAUUUCAAUACCAAUAAUAAUAAUGAUAAUGAUAGCAAGAAUCAAAAACUGUUUACUGAUGAUAGUACUUCUUUAAACAUUCAAAAUAUUGAGGUAUCAAACUGUAAUUCUGAGAUCGAUAGUAAUAUCAUGUGUGAACUGGAAAGUUUAGUCGAGAAAUGCAAUAUUAUACGGGAUAGAGAAAGAACUGUUAAAUUCGGGAAUAAUUCUUUCUUUGAUAAUGAAAACAAAAGAAUAUCACCUCAUUUUAUUAUAACAGAAAGAAAUCGAAAAGAAUUGCGUAUUGUAAAAGAAUUUCAUCGUAAUUGGAACUAUAACAAAAUAUCGAAGCAGUUGAAUUAUGAUUGCUGGUAUAAUGUAAAGAAUAGGCAAUUGCUUAAUAUUUUUCCCUUAGUAGAAAAAUUCACGGUAACUCCAGAAAACACACAUGACGUGAUUUAUUGGAGUUCGGUUAUUAUGAGAAAUUCAUGUCGUAAAAAUGAAAUUACAGGAGUCAGGCAGUGCGCUAAUUUUGACUGUGGGAAGUGGGAAUCAUAUCCAAGGGAAUUUGCAAAAUGUAGACGUUGUAAGAGGACAAAGUACUGUUCUAGAAAAUGCCAAUUACAAGCUUGGACUUAUCAUAGGUUUUGGUGUCAUGAAGUUACAUGUAGUUCAAAGACAACAACCUCUACUACUGAUGUAAAUACUAGAGAGGUCAGUCCUAACACCACAGGUGGAUUAGCAAAUGCUUUUUCAACCACCAUUUCCAAUGAACAAUUGACAAGUGUUAACAACAAUGGGAGUGAUAAUACUGAUAGACACAACAACGGUGGUAACACCACUAGGAACACUAAUCAACCCAAUAAUGCAAAUAUUUUACAGACUUAA